AUGGCUUCUGGACAAGAAAAUUAUCUCUCCUGUCCCGUCUGUCAUGACAUCUUUAUAGAUCCUGUUAUCCUGAAAUGCAGCCACAGCUUCUGUAAAGUCUGUCUGCGGGGAUGGUGGAGAGCGAAACAAGUACAGGAGUGUCCAGUUUGUAAGAUUGUAUCUGGAAGUAACAACCCACCUCGUAACUUGGCGUUAAAGAACCUGUGUGAGGCUUUCUUACUGGAGAGAGAUCAGAGAUCUUCAGCAGGAUCUGAGCCUCUCUGCAGUUUGCACUCUGAGAAACUUAAACUCUUCUGUCUGGACCAUCAGCAGCCAGUCUGUGUUGUCUGUCUGCAUUCAGAAACACACAACAACCACAAAUUCAGACCCAUCAAUGAAGCUGCACAGGAUCACAAAGAGGAGCUCAAGAAAUCCCUGAAGCCCUUACAGGAGAAACUGAAAGUAUUCAAAGAAAUGAAAGGAAACUGUGAUCAAACAGCAGAAUACAUUAAGGUCCAGGCCAGAAACACAGAGAGUCAAAUUAAGGAGCAGUUUAAGAAGCUUCACCAGUUUCUACAAGAGGAAGAGGAGGCCAGGAUCUCUACUCUGAGGGAGGAAGAGGAGCAGAAGAGUCAAAUGAUGGAGGAGAAAAUUGAGGGUCUGAGCAGAGAGAUAGCAGCUCUUUCAGACACAAUCAAAGUCACAGAGGAGGAGCUGAGAGCUGAGGACAUUUCAUUCCUGCAGAACUACAAGACUGCAGUGGAAAGAGUCCAGCAGCGCCCCCUGUUGGAUGAUCCAGAGCUGGUCUCAGGAGCUCUGAUAGAUGUGGCCAAACACCUGGGCAACCUGACCUACAACAUCUGGAACAAGAUGAAGGAGGUGGUCUCCUACACUCCUGUGAUUCUGGAUCCAAACACUGCUCAUCCAAACCUCAUCCUGUCUGAAGAUCUGACCAGUGUGAGACGUGGAGAGAGACAGAAGCUUCCUGAAAACCCAGAGAGGUUUGAUUACCAUAUAUUUGUCUUGGGCUCUGAGGGUUUUAACUCAGGGACUCACACCUGGGACAUUGAGGUUGGAGACAGUACAGGUUGGUUCAUCGGUGUGGCAGCAGAAUCUGUCCCAAAGGAACUCGUACAAAACAUAAACGUUUACAUCAAGUCUGGAUUAUGGGCAGUACUGCUCAGUAAAGAUAAAUGUACAGCAGUCUCUCCACUGCAUCCCUGCAUUCUUCUCUCAGUGAAGAAGGAGCUGCAGAGGAUCAGAGUUCAUCUGGACUACAACAAAGGAAAACUGUCAUUCUCUGAUCCUGAUACUGACACAAACAUACACACCUUCACACACACUUUCACUGACAUACUAUUUCCUUUCAUUUGCACUUCAGAUGAACUCCCACUGAGGAUAUUACCUGUGGUCUCUGGUGAUGAUGAUGAUGUUGAUGAUGAUGAUGAUGAUGUUGACAGAUACAGUGAUAGUGAUGUUGUUGAUGAAAACAGAAACUAUUAUUCUUCCACUGAGAGGAGGUUCACCAUCAGACCACAACCUGGACCUUCAUAG